AUGGUCUAUAUCAACUUCCCGAAGAUUCUGGCUCUCUUUCUUGGUUCAAUCGCUUUGAGUUCCACUGUGAGCGCAGACUACAUGACCGAUUGGUGUCAGGGCAUUCAAUUUAUCAACGAUGGAAACUUCAUGCUCAUGUGGUGUCAAAAUACGAGUGGCUCGUCAACAUUCCCCCUCCUCGUCGUCACGAACCCUGGGAAUUGUAUUGGAAACGAUGAUGGAGUACUGGAGUGCGGAUCGGGAUUCCACAAGAGUUGCACAAGCACGCAAUGGUCUCUGAAUUCAUACUCCGCAUCAGAUGAUGGAAUUUAUAUUGACCCGACGAUUAUUGGCGUCUGCACAACCGCUGCAGCCAAGAAGCGGCUCUCUCAGGUCCAUGUAAAUGAUUGCCUCAGUUAUAACCCGUUCGACUAUACCAUCACAUGCACAUAG